AUGUUUCCCCCGGGCGACGUGAAAUGGUGGUUCCCCAGAGAUAACGCCGGAUCCGAGCGCAAAGUCUUUGGCCAAGCCCAUUUUCUUUUAUACCGGUGCCAUGGCCUCUCUUCUUCUCCUCUUACCUCUCCCUUUGUCUUCUCCGGUCAAUCCGACAAUCUCCCUCCUCCUCCUCCUCCUCCCCUUCCCCCCUCCUUAAGUCCCAUCCUCGGCAAGAUGGGCUUCGACGAUGUCUCAAGUGGCCCAGACUCCAACAAGAUCAUGGAGUCUGACGGCGAGAAGAAGGUCUACGCCGCCCCACCACCAUUCGAGAAGGAUAUGGUCGGCGAGAUGAGCGAGGCCGAGCGCCAUAUCUAUGACCAUGGUAUCAAGAAGUUUAGUCGUCUCGGUUGGAAACGACUCACCGUGGUUCUCAUCGUCGAGGCCAUUGCCCUCGGAAGUUUGUCCAUUCCCUCAACCUUUGCCGCCCUGGGGAUGGUGGCAGGUGUGAUUUCCUGUGUGGGUCUUGGUCUCGUGGCCAUCUAUACCAGUUACAUCGUCGGUCAGGUUAAGCUGGCUUUCCCAGAGGUCGCCAACUACGCCGAUGCAGGUCGCUUGAUGUGGGGUCGCUUUGGUUAUGAACUCAUCAACCUGAUGCUCGCGCUGCAGUUGAUUUUCUUGACCGGAUCUCACUGUCUGACGGGAACGAUUGCCUUCCAGAACAUCACCGAGAGUGGUAUUUGCUCCGUCAUCUUUGGCGUGGUGUCUGCGAUUAUCCUGCUUUUGCUCGCCAUCCCACCUAGUUUCACCGAGGUUGCCAUUCUGGGUUAUGUGGAUUUUGCAUCGAUCGUUUGCGCGAUUGGUAUUACGAUUAUCGGCACUGGCAUCCAGGCAACGAAUGCCCCCGGUGGCCUUGCGGCCGUCAACUGGUCCGCCUGGCCCAAGCCCGACUUGACCUUUACCGAAGCGUUUAUUGCGAUCUCCAAUAUUAUCUUCGCCUACAGUUUCGCCAUGUGCCAGUUCUCCUUCAUGGAUGAGAUGCACACCCCCCGUGACUUUGUCAAGUCGAUCUGGACCCUGGGCAUCACCGAGAUUGUCAUCUACACCGUGACAGGUGCGACAAUCUAUGCGUUUGUUGGUCAGGACGUGAAGAGCCCGGCGCUCCUCUCCGCAGGUGGUACCCUCAGCCGAGUGGCCUUUGGUGUGGCUCUGCCCGUGAUCUUUAUCAGUGGAUCGAUUAACACGGUGGUCUUCGGCCGCCUAGUGCAUGGUCGGAUCUUCGCCAACUCCCCGAUUCGAUUCAUCAACACCAAGAUGGGCUGGAUCACGUGGUUGGGUGUUAUCACCGCGGCUACGAUCAUUGCCUUUAUCAUUGCGGAAGUGAUUCCGUUCUUCAGCGAUCUGCUGUCCAUCUCAUCUGCUUUGUUCAUCUCUGGCUUCAGCUUCUACUUCCCUUCGUUGAUGUGGUUCCUGCUUAUCCGCAAGGGUAGCUGGACCGAGCCCCGAAACCUGAUCUUGACCAUCAUCAAUGCCUUUAUUGGAGUGAUUGGACUGAUUAUUUUGGUGGCCGGUACUUAUUCUAGUAUCGAUGAUAUUAUCAUCAACUACCGGACCGGCUCCGUACGGGGUGUCUUCACUUGUGCUGCCCUGGAGUAA